UCCAACCCCAGCUGUGAGGCUAUGACGUUGAAUUAUUUUAAGGGGCAAUAAUAUUUUAACAUGCAAACCCAUUAUUAUAAUCUUUUUUAGAUCAAAUAUAAUAUAAAAGUAGAAAAGAAAACAAUGUAGAUCCACCAAAAACUCAACAAAUACAUCUUUUCAAUUAAUACCUAGAUCAGGGAGGAAAACCAAAAAAAACAUAAUUGUCGUUUGGGGUCUGAAAGCUUGACGCUUAAUAGGUUUUGAUUGAGUUCUUCAUUCUAUGAAGCUUCUGUGACUGUAUACGUGGAUAUACUUUGAUCCAUCUUGGGUUUCCAAGUUUGGUAAGUAUUUUUUAAAGAGUUUUGGCGGCUAGGGUUGGAUAAGUUUCUGAAAUGGAAAGUUCAGGAAGCAUGAGGGUGGAGAAGAGAGGGUAUGAAGAGGGCGUGGAAUUGGAUGAUGAUGCAGAAGGCGGCCACGCGCCAGAGCCAAAGAAGCAGAGAUUGCCCGCUUUGGCAAGGUUUUUAUUUCCUACUUUGAUAUUUGGAUUUUAUGACUUGUUUCUGCUAAUUAAAGGUGUAAUUGUUGAAUCUUUGAAGGUAGAUAGCUUGCAAAGACUUUGCUCAUCUUUGGAGCCUCUUCUCCGCAGAAUUGUUAGUGAAGAAGUGGAGCGUGCUUUGACAAAGUUAGACCAUGCUGAACUGGCUGGAAGGUCUCCACCACCAAGAAUACAGGGCCCAGAAGGAAGAACUCUGCAACUACAAUUCAAAACAAGAAUGCCUCCUCAUCUGUUCACAGGUGCAAAGGUUGAAGGAGAGCAAGGAGCAGCAAUUCAUGUCGUCUUGCUAGACCACAGCACAGGCACUGUUUUGCAAACAGGGCCUGAAUCAGCCGCAAAACUGAAUGUUGUGGUGCUGGAAGGUGACUUUAAUGAGGAAGCUGAUGAUAUUUGGACCAAAGAACACUUUGAAAACCAUGAAGUAAAGGAACGUGAGGGGAAAAGGCCACUUUUGACAGGGGAUCUACAAAUUACUCUCAAGGAAGGGGUAGGUACUCUUGGAGAUCUUACCUUCACUGACAAUUCUAGCUGGACAAGGAGCAGGAAAUUCAGGCUUGGUGUUAAGAUUUCCCCUGGAUAUUGUGAGGGCAUUCGUAUUUGUGAGGCUAAAACAGAUGCUUUUUCUGUUAAAGAUCACAGGGGAGAAUUGUACAAGAAACACUACCCACCGGCUUUGCAUGACGAAGUUUGGAGAUUGGAUAGAAUAGCAAAGGAUGGAGCUCUGCACAAAAAACUGAUUAAGGCUGAGAUUGUAACUGUUGAAGACUUUCUUCGCCUUCUUGUCAAGGACCCACAGAAAUUAAGAAGCAUGCUUGGGAGUGGGAUGUCCAAUAGGAUGUGGGAAAAUACAGUGGAGCAUGCAAAAACUUGUGUCUUGGGUGGGAAGCUCUAUGUUUACUACACUGAUCAAACUCACAGCACUGGUGUUGUUUUCAACCAUAUUUAUGAGCUCAGAGGUCUUAUUGCUGAUGGGCAGUUUCUUCCUUUGGAGUCGCUUACCCACAGUCAGAAGGUUUCAGUGGAUUCUCUGGUGAAGAAAGCAUAUGAUAAUUGGCAUCAAGUCAUAGAAUAUGAUGGAAAAGUCUUACACUCUCUUGUCAGCCACAAAAAGGUUACGAAAGCCUCAGCUGCACCUGUGACUCUGGCCGACCACAACAAUUAUGCUAUAGACCACCAUUCUGCAGCUACUCAGAAUAUGCAGCAGUAUACCUCUCAAUUCGGCGAACAGUUCCAAACAGAAAAUAACCACCCAUCAGUCCCUCAGUACAUUGAAUUUCCAUUUGUGAGGUCCGAUCAAACAGCAUUGCUUAAAUUUAAUAACCCAGAACCAGCAGCAUUAUCUGGCAGCAUGGGUUACAUGCCAGUUGGAGGUUCACAUUUUUCAGGAGAUUGGUCACGGCCAAACAACGGGAGUGGAUUGGAAGAUUUCGUGGCUGAUGAAAUCCGUUUCAGGAGUUCAGAGAUGUUGGAGAGUGAUGACAUGCAAAGACUGCUCAAGACAUUUAGUAUGGGAGUCGGUGUAGGAGCAGGAGCGGGUUUUGGUGCUUCUGAUGAGGCUUGUUACAAUUACAGUGUACAGUAUGAGCCUCAGAUAGGCCAGUCAUUCAGGAAGGAGCAAGCAAAGAGCUCAGGAAAGGCUGUAGUUGGAUGGCUUAAGCUCAAAGCCGCUUUAAGGUGGGGAAUAUUUAUUAGGAAGAGAGCUGCAGAAAGGAGAGCUCAGCUCACCGAGCUAGACUGAAUCAAAUGCUUAAGUUGGGUCCCUCCUAUGUCAACCGCGGCAGCCAUCACAGAAAUCAUUUGUGUUUGUUGAUUUGAGAUGCUUAAUGUUCUAUUUGCUUUCAAAAGUGACGCUGAAAAGAGAAUGAAAAUUAGGAAUUUAAUUCUAUUUUGGAAAUUUUCAAGUUAUUUUAUCUUCUUCA